AUGGCACCAUCGAGGGGCAGGCACACCGCUCAAGCAGCUCACGUCGACGAGCACGAAGACGUCGCCCUGAACCAACAGUCAAACUCGGCACUAGUUUCCGCAAGGCGAAACUUCAACUAUCUAAUCUCACCGACCAACGCCGAAAGGCCCACCCGUUUGCGCACGCGAGCACUACUGCGCACGGUGCGCUAUGUCGGACAAUUCAUCAUCUGGCGUCUUGUCCGCUGGGCAAAGUAUAUCGCUGUAGGGUCAAUUGUGGCGGCCGUAGGAGCUACUGCCAUUGGGGGGGCAAUCAGCGGAGUGGCGUGGGUGGUUGCUCCGCCGUCAAUAGGAGCGGGCAUCGUUGCCGCCGGGAUAUGGGGUGUGGGCCGGUUUGCGGCGAGAAGAUUGCAUGCGAGGUGGAAGAAGGGCGGUGGUGAUGUGGGCGCGGAGGUUAGAGAGAGGGCGGAGGAUCAGGGCAGUGAGCUUCGGAUGGAGGGGAGCUAUGGGAUGGAUCUUGGGCCAAGAGCUGUUCCAUGGUGA